GCAAGGUUAUCGGCUUAGGUACUAGAUAGUGGACGAAGGACGGCGGUUUCAAAACUUACUGAAAUGAGACAUUUUGGAAAAUUGAUUUUCGUUUCAUAUUCAAUUUUUGUGUGCAUCGAACCUGGCCCAUCACAUAGAAUCAUCGAUGGUACUCCGGCAAACAUCACUGAUUUUCCGUAUCAAGUAUCCAUACAAUUCAAUGGAUCACACGAAUGUGGCGGAUCUAUAAUCAAUCCCAGGUACAUCUUGACAGCUGCUCACUGCUUCGUUGAUCUUAGUCCAAACAUAGAAGUAUCAGUGAUUGCUGGCACAUCAACCUGGGCAACAGGGGGUCAAAAGAGAACUGUAGUCAAUACCACUUUCCAUGAUGAAUAUAAACCUUACGGUACCGUAAAUGAUUUGGCUGUGCUGGAGUUAGAUUCUCCUCUGACUAAUACAGACGGUGCCUCAUCUAUUCCACUGGCAUCAAAUACCACGUCUUCUCAGCCAGGUGAUCUUGGAGUUUUAACUGGUUGGGGAACAACAAAUGCAUCCGAAAUGAAGGCUUCACCUGUCCUUCAGGUUGUGGCUAUUCCUAUUAUAAGCAAUGACAAAUGCCAAGAACACUACGGAACUUCUGUGAAAGAUUACAACAGAAUAGUUUGUGUAUUAGAUCCUGUUGGUACCAAAGAUGGGUGUUUCGGCGACUCUGGAGGACCUCUGGUUGUUAAUGGUGUCCAGAUCGGCGUCUUCUCGUUUGGAAGGAACUGUGCUGCUGGAUAUCCAAGCGUAUUUGGAAAAGUCUCCGCCUUUAGACCGUUUAUAGAUAAAGUAAUAGCUUAAGGUUUUCCAAUAUAUUUCGUAAAAAAAUAAAGCAGACUCCUUCACACGAUACCAUGGAAAUAUGACACACGUAGUCAAUUCAAAAUAAAACCAAAUUUACCCCCAGACAAUUUACAAAUUUUCAUAUCCAUCUGGUUUGAACGCUUUGCUAGUUAGAGGGUAAUGGAUUUCCAAAACUGUCGAUACGAUAUCCGUCGCAGAUAUCACUCGCAAAUGCCUUGCGGCGAGUGUAAAUUAAAAUUGAGAGAAGUGAUUGGCAGUAUUGUAACUGAAAGUUUUCAACGGUUGAACAUGGAAAUGGGUCAAUGAACGAUACGGAGCUUUUUAAAUCAUUUUCAACGAUUUUCCAUUUCGACAAACAUUGCUACCAGCUUAUUGUUUUGAUUCCAUCUACGCCAUUCAGCCGUCGAAGAAAGCGGUACAGCAUCUCCAUGAACUCCGCAUUUUAAUGGAAUCUGUAUGUUUCGUCCUGCAAAGAAACUUCUUAAUUAUGCUAAUAACAUUUUCAUAGCAGAAAUUAGAGACGGCUUCUCUCUAAUUUCAGCACCAGCCAUUAAGAUUCCCCUAACCAGACCGGAUUCGUUUUAUAGCGUCAAAAUGGCUUCGCCUUAUUAAGCGCCCAAAAGUGCAGUUUGCAAUUGUUCCGCGAGAGAGAAACCGUGUUUACUUAGUUUUGACCCUGUUUCGUCAUUUGUUAUUUGUGUGCAUCGGCUUCAUGGUGUUUUUAGUUUUUAAAGUUAAAAUGUAAAAUUAUGCGUAGAUACUAACCGUCUCACCUUUCGAACCGUUCGUUGUACGAGUUGCAUAUUUAAAACCGCUUUGGGCCACAUUGUGCGAUAACUAUAAUAUAACAAUUUGAUUAUUAGUUGUAAACUUUAAAAUACAGCUGUGCUUAGUUUUAAUCAGGGAUUGUUUUCAUCUCUUAUAUCACACAGGUUAUAGCUAAAUUGUCAUUUUAUUUCUUUUAAACAAAUUUAUUAGUUUUCCUUUUAAGUUGUGCGUCAAUUUGACUAAGUUUCUACGUAAUAUAUAUCUUCGUUUUAUCUGCCCUCUAGUCGGGGCCCAACAUCCAUUUUUUUUAUUUUUGUUGUAAAACUGCUAACUCUCAGACUAGCUAACUGGCUCCUUGGGCAACACAGUAGACUCACCCAAUCGCUCAACCCACUAUUCUCCAUCGCACCAACCACCCAUACUUCUUCGUAAUGGUAAUAAGAAAUGACAUUAAAAAGUAGGGCGGAUAGAAUCAAAAAUAUUGUUUUGUUUUAUACUCAUGCCGGUAAUAAAAAUAAAAUCUUA